CCUUUCUUUUUCUUUUAUAGGCCAGGAUGCCGAGUUGUCAGGGACACUUUCACUUGUUUUGACACAGUGCUGCAAAAGAAUAAAGGAUACUGUCCAGAAGUUGGCCUCAGACCACAAAGACAUCCACAGCAGUGUUUCUCGGGUUGGAAAAGCCAUCGAUAAGAAUUUUGAUUCUGACAUUAGCAGCGUGGGGAUAGAUGGCUGCUGGCAGGCGGAUAGCCAGAGGCUCCUCAACGAGGUGAUGGUGGAGCACUUCUUCCGACAGGGAAUGCUGGACGUGGCCGAGGAGCUCUGCCAGGAAUCUGGUCUUUCUGUGGACCCAAGCCAGAAAGAACCUUUUGUGGAGUUAAAUCGAAUAUUAGAAGCAUUGAAAGUCAGAGUUCUGAGACCUGCUCUGGAAUGGGCAGUAUCCAACCGAGAAAUGCUUAUAGCCCAGAACAGCUCCUUGGAGUUUAAGCUUCACAGACUAUAUUUUAUUAGCUUAUUAAUGGGCGGAACUACAAAUCAGCGAGAGGCAUUACAAUAUGCUAAAAAUUUUCAGCCAUUUGCCCUAAAUCAUCAAAAAGACAUUCAGGUUUUGAUGGGAAGCCUCGUGUACCUGAGACAGGGGAUCGAGAACUCGCCAUAUGUUCACCUGCUUGAUGCGAACCAGUGGGCUGACAUCUGUGACAUCUUCACGCGGGAUGCCUGUGCCCUCCUGGGGCUCUCCGUGGAGUCCCCCCUCAGUGUCAGUUUCUCAGCAGGGUGUGUGGCGCUGCCGGCUUUAAUUAAUAUCAAAGCUGUGAUCGAGCAGAGGCAGUGCACAGGAGUUUGGAACCAGAAAGAUGAAUUACCUAUUGAAGUGGACCUUGGUAAGAAGUGCUGGUAUCACUCUAUUUUUGCCUGUCCUAUUCUUCGUCAGCAAACAACAGACAACAAUCCACCCAUGAAAUUGGUCUGUGGUCAUAUUAUAUCAAGAGAUGCCCUGAAUAAAAUGUUUAACGGUAGCAAAUUAAAAUGUCCAUAUUGUCCAAUGGAACAAAGUCCAGGGGAUGCCAAACAGAUAUUUUUCUGAAGAAAUUAGUUUGCAAUUUGAAGAAAGCUGUGAUAAAUUCCAAAUUUGCUUUUGGAUGUUUUCCUCUGCUCCAGCUCUCACCAAGAAGUUAGCAGACCUGCAUCUGAGCUCUGCUUGUAGCCCCGGCGGGGCUGCCUUCUAUAAAAAAAUGCCGUCAUAAAUUUUAGCAGGUUGGUGUGAGAAAUCUUCCACCAGAACUCAGUGGAAGCAGUUCUAUUGUUUCUUUGCUUUUAUUGCCAAGAGGUGCUUGUUUUUAAAAGUGUGUUCAAUAAAACAAAAUUCUGAAGUUAGACGUGUUCUUAAGUUGAUAUUUGCUCUCUUGGUCUUGGUAGCCCUCUUCUCUGAAGUCUGCCUUCAGGACUUGGCUGUUUAUUGCCUUUGUAUGUCAUUGCAGACACAGUGUUGUGUGUGUGUGUGUAUAUGUGCACCGGCAUCAAACAUUGUGUAUCUGGAAGGGAAGAAGCAUGUUCCAGUCCUAAAAUGCAGUUACCAGACUUAUCACUUUAAAUCCUUAAAGUUAGAAGCUAGCACAUUUUCUGUAGUGCAGAAUAUGUUUAUUGCUGUUUUUGUAUUUGAAUAGUAUACUGUUCAAUGCCUCUCUUCUGCAAAGUGUAUCAUCUCAUUGUGAAUCUCUAUAUUAUUCUACUGGGUACCUACCGAUAAUGAUCCUUUCUCUCGCGAGGUAUCUUCAUUUAAUGCACUGUCCAGAAAUAGCCAUGUGUAAGAGUCUUUCUCUGUAUGAUGAACUACAUGGAAAAGACUUUUGUGGACAUAAUUCCGACUUAAACCUACGAAGUCACUUCAUUUUGAGAAGAAUGUCAUAUGGAAACCACCAAAUACUUUGCAACUCUAUUUCAUCUGACUGGGAACUGAAUAUCAGUACAGGAGAACUUUGAUGAGAAAAGGAAGAAAGAAGAAUACACAGGAGCAGAGAGAAAUGUGACGCUCCACGUUUUACUGCAGAUUGACAUUGUUUGCGGGGGAGGGAGCUGACAGAUCUGGUGCUGAGUUAAUUGGAGCCUGGCAGCGUUCGCUGUAGCGGUCCGGCCUGGAUGGUUUGUCCUGAGAUGUUCCCCUGGGAGAGCCAGGACUCGUUUUUGAAGGAGGGGGUGCUGCUUCAUUGCUGUGUGUGAUCAGGCUGAUGCUGAGGGUUACUCUGCGCUGUGGGGCGUAGCCAGGGAUUUGACUGGGCGCUCCGGGUACCCGCUUUGCCCCACCUCCGUCUUGGCCCCACAGUGACUUUUGCCCUGCGUUUCUGCUUUCCUGUUGGAACCUGCAGGUCUCCACUAACACAGUGAAGGAAGAGAGCAGAGAGCAGCUCCUUGGACUCUAGAAGGAGAAGGUAGGGAAUUCCAGGCAACACUCUGGCCAAGGAUGUAAAACUGCUUUAUUAUGUAUUUUUUUCCUUUGAAUUAAAACCCAGAGUGUUACCUUUUUUUUAACCUUUUUUUUUUUUCUCGCUAAGCCAGAUUUAUUUUAGUCACAGCUUAUUCUCACCUUUGCACCUCAAACACCUACACAACAUUUAGGCUUGAUGUAUGAUUUGAACAGUACAGACAUUGCUCUCAAGGCUGGUGGUAAAUAUUUUUGGCGACCAGACACUUAACAUAGUUGGCUCAGGCCACUUGAAGGACAAAAGCCAGAGAGAGCUCUGCUUUGUCCCUCUCCCAGGAUUCGGGAUCCUGUGGACAGCUCUCUAUGCGGCCCAUGAGACCUUAGAAAGAACAUGCUUUAACUGAAGCGUUGGACUUUACAGCUUCCUGUGCAAGGUCCCUGUGGUCCCACUGGGCGGGGGUAGGGCCAAAAAUUGGGAACUCGUUGAUCUGACAGUUUCACGUGAAAAUUUUGUUGUGUGACCUUCUUUAGCUAAAUGCAUGGACUUAAAAUUCAUAGGUGACUAAAUGUGGACGAGAGAGGUGGGUUUGAAGAGGCCAGACCUUAACCAAAGAUGCUGAAAUACAACAUGCUGACCUUUCUGCUCUAGACACACCUUCACCUUCACCAGUGGUGGCAGGACUGUCGCUGGGGCUGUCAGCCAGCCGGGCGGGAGGAUGUGCUUGGUCACGCUCUGCGUUCUCGCAGGAGGUCGUGAUAAAGCUAAGGUGUGUUUCCGUCAGACUGAUGAUAACAGUGUACGUUGAAAACAGAAUUUCAGAGUGGUUUCUUAAACAUUUACUUACCGAUCACGGACAAAGGCCAUGGGACUAUGCUAAACCGAUAAAACCUUAGCAGACCCUUAGAUUCUGAUUCAGAGCAUCUGUGCUUUCAAGGACAGUGUGAAGUGCAGUGGCUAAGGUUGUCUUUCGAUCGUUUUUCUCCUGUGUGUGAUCUUCACAGAUGCCAUUUCUGUUGCUUCAGUGGUGAUUCUAUGAGACUUCUAAACACAUAAACGAACGGGUAUUGGUGCCUCUUGAUUUUUAAAAUUUUGAAGAAAAGAGCCACCUCAUAUUCAUAGGGUGUGUGAGUAUUUUGUGAGUGUAUGAGCAUUUAACUGAAAAUAAGAGUUAUGAAGUAAAUCUUUAGUUUUUUGAUUUUUUUUCGGUAGCAGCUAAUGUAUACAGAGACACUAAAACCCACACCAAGUUAUGUGGGCGGUGAGGAUCCUUCUUUCUCUCCAGGUGGUCCCACAGGUUAUGCGGUUUAAGUUCAUUGUAUUUUAUGCUGUGAGUUACUUCCACCUCGGUGGUUUCAGCCUUUGGGACAGUAGAUACUGCAAAAACCAGGAACUCGGGUUUUCUGCACAAGCUGCUGGUAGACGUUAGCCCUCUGGUUUUCCAGCUCAACCUCUGAUUAAGUGGAUUGACAGUCAGGCUGGUCAGUCGGCUUAGUCAGCAGACUCAGGUUAUUUUCAGGGAAGGCAUGGAGGCGUGUUUGGUUAAUUUCAUCACCAGGAUGUGUCAGGUGAAGACACAAACCAAAUACUUUUCAUCACCUAACUCUACGUACAUUAUGCUUGGUAACACUGGCGUGCUGUGGCCUUGGGGGGAUGUGAGCGAGGAGCACGCAGAAGGUUGGGUGCAGCACAGCGGUGUUUACCAUAAGCAGGUACAAACUUCAUGAACUGUUCUUAUCGAACUAUAAUUGAAUAGAUACCAAAAAUAGAAUGACAAGUGUAUUUCAAUAGCAGACGAGGCACUUAGUUUUAGGGCGAGUUUUCCCGCUGUUGAUUUUACUUCAAGACAUAGGGAGAGAAAACAGUUUAGUUUUCAAGACAUUUCCCUCUACAGUUUCCCACUGUAGUGAGCAGAUGCUUCCUUUACUUCCACAGCGGCAGAAGCAGCUGGAACUGGCUUAUAGCACGUGCUUUGUUUCAUGUUAUGGGUGAGGACCGACACUUUUUGUUUUAGCAGUCACUUUUACAUGUUCUCCAGCAAGGCAGAUGUGGGGGUCAGUAGGACUUAGUGCCUGAUCUUUUCUUUUGGGAAGGGGUGGGAGUGAAUGUACUGGGGAUGGGAGGGAAGCAGAAGAUGGAAGCGUGAGUGAGUGUGCAUGUGUCUGAAAUUCACCAUUUACCCCCACCUGUGUCUAGCAAAGGAACAGGUACUUAAUGUAUUUUGCUCAUGACUGCAGUGUGCAUGUAUUUUUCCCCCCUCCUCCAUGUUUUCUAAACUUACGCUAAAAGGAUUCAUCAAAUCACCUUGUUCCGAUGGCUCAGGGUUGUAUUUCAUUUGCUUACCCUGUGCUCUUGGGUUCUGUAGUGUUUCUAUAAUUAUGUAACAAUAGUGUUGCACUGUAAUCUAUCAUAUAGAGCUAUAUGUAUGGAAACUUUUGAUCAGUUUUUUAAGAAAUGUAUCCUGUUUGCAAAGGCACAAUAAAGUUGCAUCUUAUAGACUAUAGGCAAUAAAGCUAACAAUAAACCUUAUUUAACACAAACUGUAUUCACAUUUCUCUGUUCAUUUGAUCUUGAGAAAAGUCCAGCACAUCCAGUAGUUUCAGGGACUUCAUUUUAACUUAAAAGGUUCUGAUAUGUUUAAUUUAUAAAUUUUAGACUGAUAACAAUAGUUUUGGAAAACUCAGAAAUGCUUUGUUAAUGUGUGUAUUCCUAUGUAAAAACACAUGGCUUCUCCUGUGUAUAUUUUUAAACAUUAAAGAAAUGCACACUUAAA